AUGAGAGCUCCAUUUUGCUUCUGCCAGUUUUGGGGAUUGCUUUUUUACUGCUGUGGUGUACCCAACUCUCAAAAGCAGUGGUUAAGCUCACUGAUCCCAACGAUUGCCCCAUUGUCAGCGUCCAACGGCAUCCCAUGGCUAGUGUCCAUGGCUGAAACCUGCCAGGGCAUUAUUCUGAGUCGGUGGUGGAUCCUCUCCACAGCCAGCUGUCUGACUAAACUGAAACAUUUAAGCUCGGACAUUUCAGGAGUCAAUGACCAAGAAGGUAUCUUACAUGGCCAUAAAAUAUGCCUGCACCCCGGUUUUGAUCCACAAGCUGGGACAAAUCCAGUCAAAGGGGACAUAGGGGUGGUCCUCCUGCAAUAUCCCGUCAGGAGGGAAGAAAUAUCAUUUUCUUACACUUAUAACAUCUGGAAGAGCUGUUAUAACUGCCAGUACAGACACUGCAGGGUAUACCAAUAUCAGAACCAUAAUAACUUUGGGAGCAGAAUCAAGAAGUUGUCAGUUAAGCUUCUGGACCUCUCAUUCUGCCACCAUGGACGUAUCUACCCGACUACAAGUAACAAUUUAUGCAUCUGGAGUCAACCACAAGAAGACUGCUGGGUACAGCAGGGUAGUCCUGUUCUCUGUCUCUUUGGCAACCACUGGGAACUGGUAGGCCUGGUCAGUGAGUCCUCAAUGGCCUGUUAUGACCCUAUUCUUGUCACCAAGACAGCCCCAUACCUAUCUUGGAUGAGAUGGCUUAUCAAGUCAUCCCAGAAGCCACUGGACUCUGUUUCUAAUUUACCUUGCAGUUUUUCUCCUGGUGCACAAGACAGGCUUAGCCUGAACAGGGGCUCUGCUAUUUUGACCUCCCAUGGAUUCUUCAUACGGUCAUGGAGGGGAAGAGUAGGCAUGUUCCCACUGAACAGACAGCAGCGGAAUCCUCCUCCAGUAUUUUUUGGUUCAAAUAAUAGAGACUCUUUUCCUGGAGGUACACAGUUACACCUUCAAAGCAGUCAGCUCUCCUCAGCUAGCAGAUUCCCAAUGGUACGGUCUUGGACCUCUCCUGCUGCCAAAUCAUGGGGUCCUUCUCAUACAGCUGAGCCGUGGAGCACGCCAUUAACUGAUACUUCUGAUCCUUUGCUUCCUUCUGGACCCCAGAACGCUCCAACAGCUGAUGUGUCUAUGCCCUGGGACCUUCCGCACAGAGUUGCAAGGAAAUACAAAUACCGAGUUAUGACAGAUUCAGUAAGAUCUUGGCUUAAACCUUUAGACAGAAUACGUGGGCUUCAUGCCCAACAAUUAGAUAAUGCUGAUGGAUCAUGGAUUCUCCUUUCAAGUGACAUAGAUGGAUUCAAAGUUCAUUCUGAGAUUAAUACUCCUCAGUCUCAAGUUCAAUCUAGUAAUGUUCCUUUCCAUGGUCAACCUCUAGCUAGACCCUGGUUAGAAAUUACGCCUCCUGUUGGACCUUGGACACAUUCUGCGCUUGAUCAAACAGGGAAAGUGGUGCAGAUUCAAUCCAGUGAGGAGAGUGUUAGAACCCAAAUACAUCAUGUAACCGAUAGAGUUAACACUGGUGUCAAGCCAAUAACCUACAACCUGCAUCCAUGGGUCCCCUUAAUAGUUAGUAAAACUGGAUUCUGGACUCAUUCCAUAGUAAAUGAAGAUGGAUCCCAGUAUUCUACAGUAACACAUACCUUGGAACCCCGGUUUCAGCCUGUCUUGAAUACAGUUGGAACCCAAGAACUUAUACAAAAGACAGAUGAAUACAGAAUUCUCCCUGAAUCUGAGCCAACUCAAUUUUGGACUUCCUCUACACUAAAUGAGCCCUUUAGCUGGGUUCCGUCUGCAGGCAAUUCCAUUAGGCCGUGGGCCCAACAUGAAGCCAGUACAGUGCAAUCCUCAAGUCAGAGGGAUGGAAUGAGUCCACUGAGUAAACAUGAGGCUAUUAUAGUCAAAUCUCAGAUGCAGACUCAAGAUUCAGUCUUGAUUCAUACUAUUACUAAUGUAACUGAUCCUUUAAUUCACUCUGGAGUUAAUACAGUCGGACCAUCGUUACAGACUGAAAGAAACAGACCCUGGAUUCAGCCUAAAUUCCAUGUAGUCAGACCCAGAACUCAGCCUGAAGAAGGUAAAGAUAAACACUGGACCCAGUCAGAAAAAGAUACAAUCAGAUCCCAGACCCACACUAGAAAUGAAACAGUCAGAACCUGGAACCAUCCUGAAGCUGGUACAGCCAGAUCCUGGUUCUGGACUAAACCUGAUCAAGAGAAACUGAGGACCCAGGCAGAAUUUAAAACACUCUACCCUUGGAGUCAGCCUAAAGUUGACAUUGUGAAGCCAUGGACUCAGUCUGAAGCUGGUAGCAUCCAACUGGGGACAAAGCCUGAGGCAUCUACAUUCAGACCCAGAACACAGUCCAAAGUUAAUACACCCUGGACAAGGCCUGUAGCUGAUUCUGUCAGAUUUUGGUUGCAGACACAAAUUAACACAAUUGGAACCUGGAGCCAACCUGAAUCUGAAACAACCACUUCCUGGUCUGAGUCUGAAGCUGAUAGAGGCAGACCAUGGCUGAAUACUCAAAGUAGUAUAUUCAAACCUUGGACUGAGACAGAAUUUGAAACAACCCGCUCUUGGACCCAACCUGAACAUGAUAUAGCCAGACCUUGGACUCAGUCUGAGGCUGACCAUGUCAAACACUGGUUCCAGACUCAGAUGGAGACAGUCACACUGUGGACAGAGCCGGUAACCAGAACAACCCAUCACUGGGUACAGUCGGAAAAAGAAGUGGUCAAACCCUGGAACCAACCUGUGACUGAUAAGGUAGAAACCUGGAUACAACAUGGCAUUAAUACAGUCAGGCCCUGGGAUGAGCUUGAAGAUGAUAAAGAGAGAUUCUGGACUCAGUCUGAAGCUGACACAAUGAAACCCUGGACUCAGUCAGAUACUGGUAUGAUUAACCCUGCAGCACAAAAUGAAGUUGAUACAUCAACAGUGUGGACCCAAGUUGAAUCCCCAGAAACAAAUUCCUGGACACAGUCUGAAACUGAGAUAAUCACACAAUCAACACAGGCCAAAACUCCAGCAGUACAUCACUGGACAGAGAUGCUAGGUGGUACCAUCACAACACAGGCAAAGGCUGAAUUUCCAGGACUAAAGUUCUUGACACGUCUUGUAUCUGUUAAAGUCACACCAUGGACUCAAGCUGAACCUCUAGCAGUAAACCACUGGACACAGCCUGAAGCUGAUACGGUCACACAGUGGGCUCAGGGUGAACUUCCAGAAGUAAAUCCCUGGACGAAAACUGCAGCUGACACGAUCAAAACAUGGACCCUGGCUGAAUCUCUAGCGGUAAAUCCCUGGAUGCAGUCUGAAACUGCCACAGUCACACAGCGGAUCCAAGCUGAAUCUCUAGCAGUAAAUUCACGGACACAGCCUGUAGUUGAUAUAUUCUCACUGUACACUCAGGCUGAGUCCCCAUCAUUACAUUUCUGGACAAAGUCUGAAACUGACACAGUCACAACAUGGACUCCAAUUGAAACUUCAGCAGUAAAUUCCUGGACACAGUCUGAAACUGACAGUAUCUCAACAUGGACCAGUACGGUAAAUCCAGACAUAAAUCCCCAGGCACAAGCUGAAACUGAUACAGUCACAGCUUGGACCCAGGCAGAAAAUCUAGGAGUAAAUACCUGGACACAACCUGUAGAUGAUGCCGUUCCACCAUGGGCUCAGGCUGAAUCUUUAGCUGUAAAUCCCUGGACAGACACUGAAACUGAGAUAGUCACACCACGGACCCAAGUAGAAACUCCAGGAAUACAGCAGUGGGCUCAGCCUGCAGCUGAUAGAGACACAUUCUGGACCCAGGAUGAUUCACAGGCAGUAAAUCCCUGGGCAGAUCCUGUAUCUGACAGUGUUACACAGUGGAUCCAAACUGAACUCCCAGCAGUAAAACAGUGGACCCAGAAGGAAUCUGAUACAGUCACGAUAUUUACCCAGGCUGAAUUUCCAGACAUGGAGACUUGGAAUGAUCCUCUGGCUGAUGUUGUCACACCAUGGACUCAGGCUGAAUCACCAGCAGAAAAUGCCUGGACACAGCCUUUAGUUGCCACAGUGACACCGUGGCAUCAGGCCGAAUAUCCAGCAGCAAACGGCUGGACGGAGCCUGUAGUUGCCACAGUGACACCGUCGACUCUUGCUGAACCUCCUGCAGCAAUUAGCUGGACGGAGCCUGAGGUUGCCACAGUGACACCGUGGAAUCAGGCUGACUCUCCAGCAGCAAAUCCCUGGGGAGAGCCUAUAGUUGCCACAGUGACACCGCGGACUCCUGCUGAACCUCCUACAGCAAAUUCCUGGACGGAGCCUGUAGUUGCCACAGUGACACGGUGGCAUCAGGCCGAAUCUCCAGCAGGAAAUCCCUGGGCAGAGCCUGUAGUUGCCACAGUGACACCGUGGACUCAGGCUGAACCUCCUGCAGCAAAUCCCUGGGCAGAGACUGUAGAUGCCACGGUGACACCGUCGACUCUUGCUGCACCUCCUGCAGCAAAUGGCUGGACGGAGCCUGAGGUUGCCACAGUGACACCGUGGCAUCAGACUGACUCUCCAGCAGCAAAUCCCUGGGCAGAGACUGAGGUUGCCACAGUGACACCGUGGCAUCAGACUGACUCUCCAUCAGCAAAUCCCUGGGCAGAGACUGAGGUUGCCACAGUGACACCGUGGCAUCAGACUGACUCUCCAUCAGCAAAUCCCUGGGCAGAGACUGAGGUUGCCACAGUGACACCGUGGCAUCAGGCUGAAUCUCCAUUAGCAAAUCCUUGGACAGAGACUGUAGUUGCCACAGUGACACCGUGGACUACUGUUGAACCUCCUGUAGCAAAUCCCUGGACAGACCCUGUAGUUGCCACAGUGACACCGUGGAAUCAGGCUGAACCUCCUGCAGCAAAUCCCUGGACGGAGCCUGUAGUUGCCACAGUGACACCGUGGCAUCAGGCCGAAUCUCCAGCAGCAAAUCCCAGGACAGAGACUGUAGUUGCCACAGUGACACCGUGGACUCCUGCUGCAAAUCCCUGGACGGAGUCUGUAGUUGCCAUAGUGACACCGUCGACUCCUGCUGAACCUCCUACAGCACAUCCCUGGACGGAGCCUGUAGUUGCCACAGUGACACCGUGGACUCAGGCUGAACCUCCUGCAGAAAAUCCCUGGGCAGAGCCUGUAGUUGCCACAGUGACACCGUGGCAUCAGGACGAAUCUCCAGCAGCAAAUCCCUGGACAGAGACUGUAGUUGCCACAGUGACACCGUGGACUCCUGCUGCAAAUCCCUGGACGGAGCCUGUAGUUGCCAUAGUGGCACCGUCGACUCCUGUUGAACCUCCUACAGCACAUCCCUGGACGGAGCCUGUAGUUGCCACAGUGACACCGUGGCAUCAGGCCGAAUCACCAGCAGCAAAUCCCUGGACAGAGCCUGUAGUUGCCACAGUGACACCGUGGCAUCAGGCUGAAUCUCCAUUAGCAAAUCCCUGGACAGAGCCUGUAGUUGCCACGGUGACACCGUGGCAUCAGGCCGAAUCACCAGCAGCAAAUCCCUGGACAGAGCCUGUAGUUGCCACAGUGACACCGUGGCAUCAGGCCGAAUCACCAGCAGCAAAUCCCUGGACAGAGCCUGUAGUUGCCACAGUGACACCGUGGCAUCAGGCUGAACCUCCUGCAGCAAAUCCCUGGACGGAGCCUGUAGUUGCCACAGUGACACCGUGGCAUCAGGCCGCAUCUCCAGCAGCAAAUCCCUGGACGGAGCCUGUAGUUGCCACAGUGACACCGUGGACUCAGGCUGAACCUCCUGCAGCAAAUCCCUGGACAGAGCCUGUAGUUGCCACAGUGACACCGUGGACUCAGGCUGAACCUCCUGCAGAAAAUCCCUGGGCAGAGCCUGUAGUUGCCACAGUGACACCGUGGCAUCAGGCCGAAUCACCAGCAGCAAAUCCCUGGACAGAGCCUGUAGUUACCACAGUGACACCGUGGCAUCAGGCUGAACCUCCUGCAGCAAAUCCCUGGACGGAGCCUGUAGUUGCCACAGUGACACCGUGGCAUCAGGCCGCAUCUCCAGCAGCAAAUCCCUGGACGGAGCCUGUAGUUGCCACAGUGACACCGUGGACUCAGGCUGAACCUCCUGCAGCAAAUCCCUGGACGGAGCCUGUAGUUGCCACAGUGACACCGUGGCAUCAGGCUGAAUCUCCAUUAGCAAAUCCCUGGACAGAGCCUGUAGUUGCCACGGUGACACCGUGGACUCCUGUUGAACCUUCUGCAGCAAAUCCCUGGACAGAGCCUGUAGUUGCCACAGUGACACCGUGGACUCAGGCUGAACCUCCUGCAGAAAAUCCCUGGGCAGAGCCUGUAGUUGCCACAGUGACACCGUGGCAUCAGGCCGAAUCACCAGCAGCAAAUCCCUGGACAGAGCCUGUAGUUGCCACAGUGACACCGUGGCAUCAGGCUGAACCUCCUGCAGCAAAUCCCUGGACGGAGCCUGUAGUUGCCACAGUGACACCGUGGCAUCAGGCCGCAUCUCCAGCAGCAAAUCCCUGGACGGAGCCUGUAGUUGCCACAGUGACACCGUGGACUCAGGCUGAACCUCCUGCAGCAAAUCCCUGGACGGAGCCUGUAGUUGCCACAGUGACACCGUGGCAUCAGGCUGAAUCUCCAUUAGCAAAUCCCUGGACAGAGCCUGUAGUUGCCACGGUGACACCGUGGACUCCUGUUGAACCUCCUGCAGCAAAUCCCUGGACAGAGCCUGUAGUUGCCACAGUGACACCGUGGACUCAGGCUGAACCUCCUGCAGAAAAUCCCUGGGCAGAGCCUGUAGUUGCCACAGUGACACCGUGGCAUCAGGACGAAUCUCCAGUAGCAAAUCCCUGGACAGAGACUGUAGUUGCCACAGUGACACCGUGGACUCAGGCAGAGUCUGCAGCAGACAAUCCCUGGACAGCACCUCUAGUUGCCAUAGUGACACCGUCGACUCCUGCUGAACCUCCAGCAGCAAAUCCCUGGACGGAGCCUGAGGUUGCCACAGUGACACCGUGGCAUCAGGCUGAAUCUCCAGCAGCAAAUCCGCAGACGGCACCUGUUGUUGCCCCAGUGAGACUGUGGGCCCAGGCUGAAUCUCUAGCAGGAAUUCCCUGGACAGAGGCUGUAGCUUUCAUAGUCACACAGUGGACCCAGGCUCAAUCUCCAACCAUAAACCGUUGGAUACAACCUGUGGCUGAUACAGCCACAGAGCAGGUACAGACUAAAUCUCCAUUAGUAACUAUGUGGACCGAGGCUCAGUUUUCAGUGGUCAACCCCUGGACACAGUCUGAAUCACCAGCAGUACAUAUUUUGACAGAAUCCGAAUCUCUAGGCUUAACCACAACAUUAUGGCCUGAGGUUGAUACAGUCACAUUGUGGACUCAAGCUGAAUCUCCAGCAGUAAGUCUCUGGAUAGAAACUGUAGGGGCCACAGUCAUGCCAUGGACCCAGGCUGAAUCUUUAGCAUUAAAUCUCUGGACAAAGUCUGUAGUGGAUACCAUGACACAGUGGGCCCUGGAUGAAUCUCCAGGAGCAAAGCUUUGGACGCAGCCAUUAGCUUCCACACUCACAUUUCGGGCCCAACCUGAAACUCCAACCGUAAAUACUUGGACACAGUUUAAUUCCGAAAUAUUUCCACCAUUGACCCAGGUUCAAUCUGCAGCAGUUGAACCCUGGACACAAUCUGAAUUCAACACAGUCACACGGUGGACCCAAGGUCAGCAUCCUGCGGUGAAUUUGUGGACAGAGGCUUUAGCUUCUGUGGUCAUACUGUGGACUCAGACUGAAUCUCAAACAUUAAAUAACUGGAGAGAGUCUAUAGCUUCCACAGUCACAACAUGGACUGAGACUAAAGAUUCCACACCAAAACCUUGGGCAGAGACUUUUGUUUCCACAGUCACACCGUGGACUCAGACUGAAUCUCCCCCAAUAAAUUCUUUCACACAGAGUGUAGCUGAUACAACCAUUCUUUGGCCAACGCUUAAAACUAAAUCUAAAAAACCCUGGAUGCUGCCUGACACUGGUGUAUUGAGUAUUUCACUGAAUCCUCAGACUGAUAGUAUUGGAUGCUUGAUUCAAGAUGAAAAUCAAGCAUCUCUUCUGUGGACGCAUAUUGAAACUGGUAUUGUCAAAACGUUGACCUUAUGUGAAACUGGAGCAGUCAUAUCAUCGAUAGUGCCUUUGCCUCAAGCAGCCACACUCAGGCCCCCACCUGAAGCUGAUAUUAGCAGACCUUGGUUUAAAACCCGGGAAAGAAUAAGAUCCUGGGCCCAGUCAGAACCUCAAACAGUGAGUACCUUGACUCACUUGGGAGCUGGUAGAGUCAAGCUGUUGAGCCAACAUGAAACUGCUACAGUCAUAUCACAGAUUCAGGCUGAAACUGACAUGUUCCACCCUUGGAACCAGUCUGUUGGAGACACAGUAAGAUCCUGGACCCUUUCUGAAGCAGAGGCAGCAAGACCACAGAUCCAAACCAGGGCUGCUAGUAUCACACUGUUGCCCCAGGCUGAAGUGCAAGCAAUAAAACAAUUGACCAAGUCUGACAUUAAUACUGUCAGACCUUGGUUCCAGACUCAACUUGAUGCACUAAGAGAAGGGGUUCAAUCUGAACCUCAGAUAGUUGCUACCUGGAUCCAACCCGAAUUGCAAACAGUCAAUCCCUGGAUCCAGCCUGAAACCAAUAGAGUCAGAUUUUGGACCCAUCCUGAAGGUAGUGUAGCCCAACCCUGGAUCCAAGUUGAAGCCAACACAGUUAGAUUUCAGACUCUCUAUGAAAUUGAUACAAGAAAACCAUGGACCCAGCCUGAAUAUAAAUCAAUCAGUCCCUGGACUGAAGUGGAUACUGCCACAUUUUGGUCCCCAACUCAAAAUGAAACAGUUAGGCCCUCACCUCAGCUUGAAUCUCAGAUAACAUGUUCCUGGACCCAAGAUGACAUUGGUAUAAUCAGUCCUUGCACUCAGUCUGAAACUAGCUCAGUUGGACCCUGGACCAAGCUUGAAACUGCUACAGGCCAACCCUGGAUACAUUUUGAAGCUGCUACAGUCAAACCACGGACCCACGAUGAAACUUUAGCAAUCUACCCGUCAACCCAGUCUCAAGGUGAUACUGUGAUAAGACAUUGGUUCCAGACCCAAAGGGAUUCACUCAAAUCUUGGAAUGAACCUGAAGCUAAUAUAGUCAGACUCUGGACCCAACCUGAAACUGACAUUUUUGCAUCCUUUACUAUCCCUAAACCGGAUAAAGUCAGAACAUGGAUCCAGCCUGAAUUAGAAAUAAGGCCUGGCAUCCAUUAUAAAGCUGAGAUAAAUACAUCAUUUGCUUCUCCUGAAGUUGAGCCAGAUGGAACAACCCAAGUAACUAAUCGGUUUCAUUCCUGGUCUAAAGGUGUAUCUUUUUUACCAAUAGAAACUGUUCCUUCCCCAGAUGAUUAUUUUGCAGCUUUGUCAACCGAGAGAGCUGCAAUAGAAAGCCAAGAUCAAAUCAAUUCUCUCCAACCCAGUGAGCUCACAGACAUUCGCUUUCUUACCUUUUCAAGCACUUGGCUUCCUGGAAGAGUUGAUUACCUGAAUUCUGGCAGUAAAUUACGAACUACCAAGGCAAAAGGAAUCCCUGAUGUCCCAUCUAGUUCUCUCAGCCCCCUUUCUCCAUCUUUUUCUCUUCUCGCUCCUUGUUUUGUCCCAUCCCCAUGCACACUGUCCCUUUCCUGUUCAGUCUUUUCUUCUUGCACAUUCCCUUCACCGUGUAUUUUCCCUUCUUGCUCCAUUCUUUCUCCUGUGGCCACCUUCUCUCCUGUUCUCCUGCCCUUAGCUGCUUCUGAUAGUUCUCUCCAGGAAUUAUCUUCAUCAGAAUUUGCUGAACAAACCAUUCUUUCUCAUACUUUUUCAUCCCUACGUGCUGCUCCAGCCACACUUUUAACAAAGCAACCUUCUCCGAUACCUGAAUCUGAAUCUGAAUCUGAAUCUGAAUCUGAAUCUGGAACCAACUCCAGUCAGCCUGGACAAGAUCCUCUCAGCUAUUCAGAACUCAAUAUUUCUUUGGCUGAAUGUCACCUGGGUAUGGUUUGGAAAGAGAGUCUGCAGGCUCUCUGGCUCUUCAAGACAGCUGUUAUUUCUCAUGAAAUCACAGGUGAGUCCAGUUUAGCAAUCUAUUUUGAGUUACUGUCCUUGGGAUCAAUGUCUUUGUUGGAACCUAAAACCAGAGUCUCUGUGUAG